AAAGAUUGUAUUCACAUCAUUUUUCAUGUAGUAGCUAGCCCACUCUUAAAAGUCUCUCUCUACCUCGCCCAACAGUCCUACCCUGAAUCCCAUUUCCCGUUCCUUCCCCUGCUAAAGAAUGCCGGAGCUGGAGGGCUUUCAGGAUUCGAGAUCGGGCUCUGCGGCCCGUGAUUUGAGCCCGGAUUCUGUGAUUUUCACCGCCGAGUCUUCCAACUUCAGCCUCUUCUCCUCAGCUUCAGCUAGUGUCGAGCGCUGCUCUUUUGCAUCUGAUCAAGAUUUUGUUGCCUCUCAUUUGGCAGGACAUGAAUUGUCUGAGGUAAUGAGUAGUGGCCCAGAUCCAGACCCGAACAAACCCAUGCUUGUAUGCAAGAACAGUAUUGGUCUCAGCAGAAAACAAAAAACCAAAGGUCAAAAGGUAGAUAGUAGUGAGGCUGAGACCACGGAGGAUGAGAAUACAGCCUCCGCAAGAAAUUCAUUCUCCCAAGCCCUUAAAGGUACUAUAAAACAAUUGACUAUCCAUUUCAAGAACGUCAAGUUUCAUUCUAUGUCAAAUAUACUGAUUUUCCCUCCUUUCUUGGUCCGUGUUCAAUUAUUAGAAUGUCAGGACCGGAAAUUAAAAUCCUCAGCACACCUGAAAAAACCAGACCGAAGAAGGCCUAUCUCUAUGGAUCUCAACAACACUGUAACGGUAAAUAAUGUCGUAAAUAAUACCUCUUCACCAAGACUCGGAAUUAUUAAAAAACAGCCCACAACACUUUGCAAGAUGGGAAUACUCCCAAGCCCGGUAACUCCCAACUACCGGCAAUCAAACAUUGGUAUUCAAAAGGGCUGGAGUUCUGAGCGGGUCCCACUGCACCAUGCCAAUGCCAACAGGAGGAACUUAAAUACUCCGCUGCUGUCCUACAAUAACAACGGUAGGACUCUGCCCUCAAAAUGGGAGGAUGCCGAAAGGUGGAUUUACAGUCCUGUGUUGGGUGACGGUGGUUUGAUGAGGACUGGUUUGGGCCAGCAAGCUCAGAGGAAGCCCAAAUCGAAGAGCGGGCCGCUUGGGCCCCCAGGAGUGGCCUACUAUCAGAUGUUCUCUCCUGCAGGGCCCAUGUUUGAAGUUGGGGGGAAUAGUAAUGGGAAGCUGACAGUAAGCUCGCCGUUUUCAGCCAGCGUUGAGCUUGUGGGCAAUGAGCCUUGCAUGGCUCGAUCGGUUAGCAUACAUGGAUGUUCUGAGUUGGUGGGCCAAUCAUCUUCAGCCCUAAACCAAAAUGAAGAGAAAUAUGAGGGGGGCCAAGAAGAAAAUGCGGCCAACAAUAUAUCUCGAGUUGUUUCUAGAAGGGAUAUGGCUACUCAAAUGAGUCCGGAUAGUAGCAGCCUACAGUCCUCUCACAGGCUUUCAUCGUCUUUUUCUGAGGCUAUACUGCCCGUUGCUGAGUCACGGCACAAACCUGAAAUAAGGGAUGUGUUAGUUGACGAGCGUGUUACAAUGACUAGGUGGUCAAAAAAGAAUGGAGGGAUUAUAAAGAAUUCGGGAAAGGGCAGCAGAAGUAGUGAUGACUGUAAAAGGAAUGCCAUGAACUUUCAGUCCGGUGGUUGGGAAGCUAUGGAGGAGGGAUCUAAGAGUAUUUCAAAGAUCCAAAGGGAGGAAGCCAAAAUAACAGCAUGGGAAAACCUGCAGAAAGCAAAAGCCGAAGCCGCAAUAAGAAAACUCGAGAUGAAACUGGAAAAGAAGAGGUCAUCUUCAAUGGAUAAAAUAAUGAACAAACUGAGAUCGGCCCAAAAGAAGGCCCAAGAAAUGAGAAGCUCUGUGCUGACCAAUCAAACUGCAGGACCCUCAGUCCAGAGGACAAGGCCGAUUGGCUCAUUGAGUGGAUGCUUUAGCUGUCAUGCAUUUUAAUGCAAUUUCUUGGCCUGCUUUGGGGUUUAGUGUGUGUCAGGUAUGUUUUCGAAUUCGAAUGAAGUAAAUUCAGCUCAGACUUCUUCCGGAAGUCUUUACUGCAUGAAAUUGUGGAGUACUUAGACAUAGUGAUUAUUGAUUUGGGGUGUUGUAUGAGUAUGUAUAUUAAUUAUACUUGAAGCCUAUUCCAAUAUGGAUAGUAUAUCCAUCUUGUUCAUAAUAUUUUAUGCAU